AUGCAAGCCCACGAAGAUGCCUUGGCUCUACUUACGGGCAGUCCGGUAAAGACCAUGGAGACGGGAAUGGAGCAUCUAUUGAGUGUAUACGACGCCCAAGAGAUCUGCGAGCCAACAAACGAGACGUGCCAUGCAACCCAGCGUAAAACGAUACUGGAUGAACUCGCUGAGAUUCUGCAUCUGCGUGGUCGGUUACAACAGAUGGGUGCUACAUUCUCCGACAAUGGAGAGCUUCUUACUUACGGUAACCCAUACGCGUCCACGGAGUUCCAGACUAUGAUACGCCUCGGUCCUAUGUACGAAGAACAGUGGAACAGUUUCUUCACCGACAACUAUGAGCCUCCUGACCAUCGAGGUGCAAACAGACAACUAUGGUCUGACCUACGUACUCUAAGGAGAGUUCUCCGGAAUGAGGGCAUUGUGUUCGGCCGCGAACAUCAGCGCUAUUCGUUUGGUGACUCCAGCACGAAGCUUCGAAGACUGUGCUGUGCGUAUGACGAACUGCGGAUUGAAUGGUUGACGAUGAUGCGAUCCAGCCUCCCAGCACUUGAUGAUCGACAGCUGUACACCCUUCUCGGGGAGUCUUCUGGUGAUGAAGAUUCGGAAUCUGGCGACGAUACGAAGCGAAGUAGAGAUAGAGUCGUCGUUAUAGACGGCGAGCAGUCAUGCGAUAGAGCUGGCCGGCCUCGCAUGCUGCGGCACCGAAGCAGCGGCGUUCCGCAAGCCCUUGGUUGGCGUUUCAGUGACGAUUCGACAACACCGCGCCGCAAAAAUGACUGGUGGAGGUUCAGCGACAACCUGGAGUCUGCGCCGGUAUGGGGUGACGCGGAGGAUAACCAAGUCGUACCGCAGGCUGUCUCGAUGACAGUAAAUCGCGACGCCAAAGAGGCCACCAACGUUCAACUUGUCUCCAAAGCAGCGGCUUCACGACCGCCAACUCCCAAAUCUCUGAUGCUAUACAGCCCAUCGCCAUUGCAAGUGAGUAGCACGACCUCUCAAACUGCUCGACUUCAUCUACCAACACCUUCGCAGCACAUGAACACCCAGCGCACGAUACAUCGAGCGGAGUCCAUAACAAGACCGAGAGAAGAGAAUGUGGUCAACAACAACGUAAAGCCGAUUUGGGCGCGAGAAAUGAGCAAAGAUGAUGAAAAGACCAAGAAAUGGGGCAAGGUUCGCCGUUGGUUCCGACAUACUUUCGGUCGCAAGUAG